AUGCAGGGCGACGAAUCGGACGGCGCGAUCGCGGGCGAGAGAGUGGCCGCGCUGAGAGCGGUGCAAGCGCGCCGGCAGGAGCUGCUGCAGGCGCUGCGAGCGUUGGAUGAGGAAGAUCGACGGUUGAGACUAGGCGAGGGGCGAGAGACGGAAGGGGAGAGACGGAGAGAAGGGGGAGACGACGGAAAGCGAAAGCAGGAAACUCAGGAAGCGGAAUGCGGGGAAGCGGGCGGAGGGAAGCGCAGCGGCGGAGUGGAGAGCGCGAGCGGAGCGGAAUCGAAUGCGCGCUCGCCGGCUGCUGACGGCCCCGCGAUUGGGGCGGCGGAGGGGGGGAAUGGGGAUAGAGACGAUAGCGGGUUACCAAAGGGGGGCGCGGAACUUGAGGGAGCGGGGGCGGAAGCGGCUGGCGGGGUGGGCGAGGGCGGGCGCAGCUUCGAGGCGGAGCACGCGUUGAGCUCGCGGGAGGUGCAGCGCUACUCGCGGCAGCUCAUGCUGCCGUCGUUCGGCGUCGCAGCGCAGCAGCGGCUGAGGCGCGGGUCAGUGCUGGUGGUGGGCGCGGGCGGGCUGGGGUCGCCUGCUGCACUCUACCUGGCAGCGUGCGGCGUGGGUGCGUGCGGGGGGGCGAUGGGUGGGGGCAGUGAGGGUGGUGAGGGCAGUGGGGCAGGGCGAGUGGGGGGACAGUGCGGGCGGGUAGUGGGGGCAGUGGGUGAGUGUGACGUGGAUGUUGGUGGUUGCUGCGGGUGGCACCGUGUUAUGGUGCUGGUUGGUUUGCGGGACGACGAGUGGGCGCUCCAUGCCUGGCGCAUAGGCAUCGUCGACAGGGAUGACGUGGAGCUGUCCAACCUGCACAGACAGGUAUUCCCUCUCCCCGCCAUGCCUCUCCCCGCCAUGCCUCUCCCCGCCAUGCCUCUCCCCACCAUGCCUCUCCUCGCCAUGCCUCUCCUCGCCAUGCCUCUCCCCGCCAUGCCUCUCCCCGCCAUGCCUCUCCCCGCCAUGCCUCUCCCCGCCAUGCCUCUCCCCGCCAUGCCUCUCCCCGCCAUGCAUCUCCCCGUCAUGCCUCUCCCCGCCAUGCCUCUCCCCGCCAUUCCUCUCCCCAUCAUGCCUUUUUCCGCCCCACUGCCCCACAUGCAUCACCAACACACCACCCGCUCAUUCACACUCCCUCGUCCAGCCUUUGCUCCCACUUCCCUCCCUCCCUCCCUCCCUCCCUCCCUCCCUCCCUCCCUCCCUCCCUCCCUCCCUCCCUCCCUCCCUCCCUCCCUCCCUUCCUCCCUCCCUCCCUCCCUACCUACCUACCUACCUACCUACCUACCGCCCUCCCUCUUUCCUUCCUGUUCUCCCUCGCGUUCUGACCGUCCUGCUGCCCGCACCUCCGCAUGGCGUGUGAAGCAGCGCAGCGCCAUCUGA